UUUGUAACAUCUACGGUCUUGGUAUUUGGUUGAAAAUGAUCCUAUAAGAUCGAAAAUUUCCAUAUUGAUAAAAUUUUUCAUUAAAAACUUCUACAUUUGUUUGAUUUAUUAGAGAUAUGAAUUCGAAGCCCAAUUUAGGAAAACAGUAUGCUUUUAUCUUCUAAGCGUCAAAAUCAUGUAGAAACUCACGAAUAACGAAAAAGUCCAAUAUGAUUUGAAUGACACAAAGUUCAGAUCUGAGAUAUCGAACUUUCAAGGUAAUAUCUGCCAUAUCAGAAUGGUGUUUCGAGGAAAAUGAAAGAUUCAUAUUUUGAGCUCGAACUUGACCGAGAUUGAUUUCAAGGUGCAUUAUUAGUUGGUUUAAAUACUUGUUUUCUAAAUCCGGAAUUUAAAAAAUAAUGUAUUUUUUUUGAACAAUAAAUCAAUAUCUUAGAAAUAAAUAUUCGAAAAGGUAUAAAAACUUCGUUUUAAUGGAUCUUAGUCAAGUUUGAGCUCGAAAUUUCAAGUGUAUUUUUUUCUUCAAAAAUCUUUUCGUUAGAAUAUAUUGUCUUGAGUGCAUCAUAUCUUAAGCAGAAAAGGUUGUGUACCUAAACGAAUUUGCCCAUGUAUUGAUCGCUAAAUUCCCAUGAUUCGACAAUUUAAAAAAAUAGACAUGUUCGAAUUCGAAUUUUAUCGAUACUCCUUGAAGUUUAUUCUUAUAAUAAGUUUCUGUUUCAUUCUAGUUGUCUUACGUUCAUCUCACAUUGAUAUUGGUGCAACAUGGAGUCCAAAUGGAACUACUGUAGCUGGAGACAGUGAACAAGGAAAUAGAUUGAAUCAACUCAACAGUCCACAGGGAAUAUGUGUUGACAAUGAAGAUCAAGUUGUUUAUAUUGCUGAUUGGUGCAAUCAUCGCAUUAUGAAGUGGAAAUUUGAUUUGACAAAUGGGGAAAUAGUUGCUGGGGGAAAUGGAGCAGGAAAUCGAAUGGACCAAUUAAAUAAUCCAUUAGAUGUGAUAAUCGACAAAGAGACAGAUAAUCUCAUCAUUUGUGAUUCUGGCAAUCAACGAGUAGUGCAAUGGCCUUGUCGAAACGCUUCUAGAGGACAAACAAUCAUUUCUAAUAUUGAUUGUCGAGGUUUAGCAAUGGAUGAUAACAGAUUUCUCUACGUCUCGAACUAUAACAAGAGUGAAGUUCAACGAUGGCGUAUAGGAGACUCUCAAGGAACAGUAGUUGCAGGUGGAAAUGGGAAAGGUAUUCAUCUUAAUCAGCUUAAUGGUCCUCAGUAUGUAUUUGUUGAUCAAGAUCAUUCAGUUUAUAUAUCAGAUAUGAAUAAUUACCGCGUGAUGAAGUGGUUGCAGGGUGCACAAGAAGGUAUAAUUGUAGCUGGUGGCCAAGGCAAAGGAAAUACUCUUUCACAAUUGUCAUCGCCUUAUGGAGUUAUUGUCGAUCCAUUGGGUACUGUCUAUGUUGCAGACUGUGGUAAUCAUCAAAUAUUGAUUGUACUGAAACCAACUGAACAAACACCACUUAGUGCACUUUAUUGUGCUGCUCUUAUCAAAGAGUCUGGAGAUAAAUUAGAAUGUGGUGGUGAACGAGUUGAUAAUAAAGAUUAUUUUAUCAAAACAACUAUUUUUAGUGAUGUAAAAGAUGAUAUGCAAAUUACUCGUGAAGAGAGUGAUCUUGAUAAAACAAUUGACGCUGCUGAAAAAGGUUUCCAAUAUGAUUCACCAUGGCUCGAUGUUCCUGUUCGAACUGCUCAUAGAGCAGUUUUCACUCAUGCAGGUCAAGUGUGUUUUGCUGCAUCAAGAAUAUGUGUUCAUUCCACACUUCACGAUGCCUUUGUGUCUAAAAGUGUCGAAUUAGCAAAGAAACGUAUUGUUGGUGAUCCAUUUGAUCUUACAACUGAACAAGGACCAUAG